AUGUGGAUUGGUAUUUUUUGUGGCGGCUUCUUCACCGUCAUGCUCAUGAUGUUCCGUGUCAAGGGCGCAAUCAUCUUCGGCAUCUUGUUGGUCAGCAUCAUCUCCUGGCCUAGAGGCACACCUGUUACAUACUUCCCAUACACGGAGCUUGGCGAUAGGAUGUUCGAUUUCUUCAAGAAGGUUGUCACUUUCCAUCCCAUUGAGAAGAUCCUGACGGUGCAGGAGUGGAAUAUCUCGGGAUAUGGAGGACAGUUCGGGCCCGGCCUUCAUCACCUUUCUCUACGUUGA